AUGUCUGCAAUCAUCUCUGCCAUUCCUCUGCUCCCGCAAGAUCCGGGUUCUGCUGCUCCGGCUGCCAUGCGAGCCCUGGUUUCGGAGACGCCUCAGAUGCUCGAUCAGCUCUACAAGCUGACCUGCAACUCUUCAGCCUCGCUGGUGGGCUAUCAACUCUACACGCGUACGCCCGAUGAGCCGGCGAGGGCUGACUUGCCACUAGACGCCGCUCAGAAUGGUACGCAGACAUCGAAGAACGACGGCAUCGAUGCUAUGCUGCCAUAUGGACUCUACGAAAGCGAGGCCGGCACGAGCCAUGUACAGUUUGUCAAAUCUUACGAGCUGGACCUUACCGACUCGCGUUUGUAUCUUGUCAACCAAUGUUGCCACGUCUACGUUCUUUGGGAUGCCGUCUUUUUGACUGCUCAGCACUACUGGCUCGACAGAGGCAGCAAUGCCCAUUACAUCUGCAGUUCCAAUCUCGAAGGCUGCGAGGAAGACAAAUUUGAGAAGCUCGGCUUGCCUAGUAUGCAGUCAGUGGUCAGCGUUCAAUGUACUGACUAACUAUCAUGCAGUGAAGCAAGAAUGCACUCUCGCAAGUUUCAAAGUAGGCGAGAGACGUCCAAACAGCUCAUGAGUCCGCGUGCACGAAUCACAUCGUGUACGUUCGCCAUGCAUUACGUCUGGUCAGAAGCGGGGCAGAACAGGGACGUCUUCCAGGCUAUUUGUCUUUUCGAAUGUUUCGUCGGUUUCCUCUGAGCAAGAUCCCUGAGAUCGUUCGUCGGGCGUCUGAUGUAGACCGAUGUCGCGUUGAAUCAGCUCUUCUGCUGCGAGAUCUGACAUGAUCUGCGCAUGGUU